UGACCUUCCUGGGCGGUGCCAGAGUCGCUCUGAGCAGUUCCUAGCGCCGGAAGUGUGUCUUUAAGACGGCCUCGUGGAGGCGGAGCAGGACAUGUUCCCGAAGCGGAAGUCUCGCGGGGAAGCUUUUGCACAUAGGACACUUCCUGUUUCUUAUUAACAAUAGGAAGUGUCCACCGAGCCGGGGGUUAGACUACUGGCUUGUACGAGCGGUGCCCUCUGCCCGCUCCCUUUUCCUUCCUGCCCCUUCUUUUCCCGCUUUCCCUCUCCUUGCACCUUCUGGGAACCUUGGUUGAGCGUUCGUGUGUGGGAGCGCGAGAGUCCCGGGACAGCCACCCCUGGGGGCGCGCGCCUGCAGUUAGGGGAAGGGUCCCAGUGCGCAGGCGCGCCCCCGUUCGCGGCCCCCAACGGACGCGUCCGCGGCGGGAACGAGGAGGGGCCGCCGGUGCGAGGUAGGGGUCCCCAGGGCAACUUAGCGAGCAGAGGAGUGAGGGGAGAGGGCCUCGCUGCUGCUUGACUAGGGGAGGAGACUCUUGGUCGCAGGGGCUUUGGGAGGGCUUGACUCCUCAAGCAGAGGAAAAUGUCGCUGCUGCCUGUCCGCUCCUCCUGAGCCUUCUGGUUUCUGCUCCGUUGCCCCAUGGAGGACACACCCCUGUCACUCAGUUGCUCUGACUGUCAGCGCCACUUCCCUAGCAUCCCGGAGCUGUCACGCCACCGAGAACUGCUCCACCCAUCUCCCAGCCAGGACAGUGAGGAGGGUGACAACAUCCCUCGGCCCUACCGCUGUCAGCAGUGUGGGAGGGGUUACCGCCAUCCCUGGAGCCUGGUCACCCACCGCCGGACCCAUGACACUGGCCUGUCCCCUUGUGUUACCUGUGGCAAGGAUUUCACCAAUCCCAUGGCCCUCAAGAGCCACAUAAGGACCCAUAUGUUCGAGGGCCGCCGCAGGCACAGGCCCCCUCGACCACAGGAAGCCCCUCCACAACUCCAGGGUGAGACUGUGGCUCCCAGUUCCUGGGACGAGAGGCUUCCCCCCCGGGAAGGCUGGGCGGACACCCCGGGCUGUGAGUCUGGACUUGAUCCCGGGGCAGCUGCAGGCGCCUGGGAGGAUCCCCCCCCCAGAGAAAAGGAGAGCUGGGAAAGCCGGCCGGGUCCCGAGGAGGGUGCUGCGGGCUGGGGGCCUCCCAGCAGCCCUGCCCGGGCCCCACCCCUGCCCCCUGCAGCCAGCAGCAUCCUCAGCAACCUGGAGCAGUAUCUGGCCGAGUCAGUGGUAGACUUCACAGAGGGCCAGGUGCCCGUGCAGGGCCCCCCUGCUGAGGAGGAGCGACGGUACAAGUGUAGUCAGUGUGGCAAGACCUACAAGCAUGCCGGGAGCCUCACCAACCACCGGCAGAGCCACACGCUGGGCGUCUAUCCCUGUGGCAUCUGCUUUAAAGAGUUCUCCAACCUCAUGGCUAUGAAGAACCACGCUCGACUGCAUGCCCAAUACCGGCCUUACCGCUGUCCCCACUGUCCCCGUGCCUUCCGGCUCUCCCAGGAGCUGCUGGAACAUCAGCAGUCCCACGAGGGUGAAAGGCCGGGGCAUCCCUGGGAGGAGAAAGGACUGCCCACCACAGAUGGGCACGCGGAUGAGAGUGGCCGGGGCCAGGUCCCUCGUGCCUCAAUGCUGAAUGGCUCUAGGGAGCUCGGCGUCUCUGGGGACCUGGAUGACAGCAGCCUGGAGGAGUACCGUCCAUUCCGCUGUGCAGACUGUGGCCGGACUUACCGCCACGCCGGAAGCCUCAUUAACCAUCGAAAGAGCCACCAAACAGGUGUCUACCCUUGCUCGCUCUGUUCUAAGCAGCUCUUCAAUGCCGCUGCCCUUAAAAACCACAUACGUGCCCAUCACCGACCCCGGCAGGGAACUGGGGAUGGGCAGCCAUCAGUGCCACCAGCCCCCCUGCCCAAAACCGAGACCACCGUCAAAGAGGAAAAAGAGGAAGAGGUCCCCGCCACCGCCCUGGAUCAUCGGCCCUAUAAGUGCACUGAGUGCGGUCGGGCUUACCGCCACCGGGGCAGCCUGGUGAAUCACCGCCACAGCCAUCGGACAGGAGAGUACCCGUGUUCCCUCUGUCCCCGCAAGUACCCCAACCUCAUGGCCCUGCGCAACCACGUGCGCGUGCAUUGCAAGGCUGCUCGCCGAAGCCCAGAGCUGAAGUCUGAGGGUCCCCCCAACCAUCUGAAGGCAGAAGCCGCAGCUGACUCCAGGGGAGAUGACCCGCACGCAUGCAAGCGUGAAGAGGAGGCCUCUGACAGCCUCCCAGCGGCAGCGGACAGGAGGGCAGCACAUGUUUGCAACGUCUGUGGGAUGUUCUUUGGAGACCCUGAGAGCCUGGCACAUCACAGCCUGAGCCAUGGGAUGGCGGAGAAGGGCCGCAGCAGGACUGAGACCACCACAGAGGCACCUCCUCGGACAUUUGCUUGCCGGGACUGUGGCAAGAGCUAUCGCCACUCAGGCAGCCUUAUUAACCACAGGCAGACUCACCAGACGGGGGACUUCAGCUGUGGGGCCUGUGCUAAGCACUUCCACACCAUGGCUGCCAUGAAGAGCCACCUGAGACGCCACAGCCGGCGACGGGAUAGGGGGCAUCGGAAGCAGGCUGGCAGCGAUGGCAGAGGAGCAGUGGAACUCGCGGCAAGGGAGACCUGGGCCCAGGGACUGGAAGACAAUGAGGGUCUGGGUUCUUCCCAAGGACCUACAGGACAAAGCCCUGGUGGGGCCGAUGGUACCUUGCAAGGUGAAGGGCACUGUUUGCCAGGUGACUCUGAAGGAGGGAAGUGUGGGCUUGGAAGAGAUGAGUUGUGUGUCCAGGCUGAGCGAGAGAGUAGAGGCCUCGAGGAAGGCUUGAAGGGGAAGGAGGCCUGUGGCCUUGGUGGCCUGGACAGCCCAGGGGGUGAGGAGUGCCACAGAACUGGCUUCUGUGAUGACCUCCCUGGGCAGGACGAGGAUCAGAAAGCAGCCUGCUGUACUGAGGCUGUCAGCGGCUGGCAGGCCGAGGGCACGCACACCUGCCCUGACUGUGGGCGCUCUUUCCCGCAUGCUGCUGGCCUGCUGGGGCACAGACCCUGCCACCCACCAGGCAUCUAUCAGUGCUCCCUCUGCCCGAAGGAGUUUGACUCUCUGCCUGCCUUGCGCAGCCACUUCCGGGACCAUGGCACGGGGGAGGCGGCCUCAGCCCAGCCCUUCCUCUGCUCGCUCUGCGGCAUGAUCUUCCCUGGGCGGGCCGGCUACAGGCUUCACCAGCGCCAGGCCCACAGCGCCUCCAGCCCCACUGAGGAGGGCUCGGACGAGGAUCGGGGAGACGAGGAGGAAGGAGCCGCAGAGGCCCGCUCUCCCCGUGUCCCUCCACUGCAGGUCUCCGAGGCCGAGCUGCUGAACCAGCUGCAGCGGGAGGUGGAGGCGCUAGAGGGAGCAGGGUACGGGCACAUCUGUGGCUGCUGCGGUCAGACGUACGAUGACCUGGGGAGCUUGGAGCGCCAUCAUCAAAGUCAAAGCGCCAAGGAUACUGAGGACAAGCCCCCCGGCCUCCCGGAAGCUGCAGGAGAUGCUGCGGAGGAGGCCCCAGACCUUGCCUUUGAGGAUGCAGUGGCCUCCGGCCCGGGAGAGGGUGGAGACACCAAGUCUGAGGAGGGGGUGAGUGGCACAGGCGCAGGCAGCCCCUGCGUGCAGGGAGGUGGAGGUUCCCCGGAGGCGCAGCCUCGCCCCUUCCGCUGUGAUCAGUGUGGCAAAACCUACCGGCAUGGGGGCAGCCUAGUGAACCACCUCAAGAUCCACCAGACCGGAGACUUCGUCUGCCCCGUCUGCUCCCGCUGCUUCCCCAACCUGGCUGCCUACCGCAACCAUCUGCGGAACAACCCUCACUGCAAAGGCUCUGAGCCCCAGCUGCGGCCCAGCCCCGAGGCGGGGGGCAGUGCGGAGCCCCACGUCACCGCAGAGGCGGUGCCCGAGCAGGCGGCUGUGAGGAAGCUCCAGGAAGAACUUCAAGCCGAGCCCCUGGACAGAGCGGCAGAGGUGAAGGAGGAGGUGUGGGUGGAGACGUCCGUGAAGGAGGGGGAGCCGAGGCUGGUGAAGGCCGAGCGACCCUUCAGCUGCGAGGUGUGCGGCCGCUCUUACAAGCACGCAGGCAGCCUCAUCAAUCACCGGCAGAGCCACCAGACCGGCCACUUUGGCUGCCAGGCCUGCUCCAAGGGCUUCUCAAACCUCAUGUCUCUCAAGAACCACCGACGCAUCCACGCCGACCCCCGGCGCUUCCGCUGCGGCGAGUGCGGGAAGGCCUUCCGCCUGCGGAAACAGCUAGCCAACCAUCAGAGGGUACACGCUGAACGGCGAGGGGGUGGAGGCGCCAGGAAGCUGGCCCAGGAAGACGGGCCCCUCUCGUGUGGGCAGUGUGGGCGAACCUACCGCCAUGCUAGCAGCCUGCUGAACCACCGAUGCAGCCACCAGCCAGGCCAGCACAGGUGCCCCAAGACCUGCUCGAACCGCAUGUUCCUGAAGGACCAUCAGAGGCUGCACCUGGAGAGCCGGAGGCGGCGGGUGGGCCGGACCCGGCGGGCAGCUGUGCGCUGCGCCCUCUGUGGCCGCGGCUUCCCUGGCCGGGCAUCUCUAGAGCGGCACCUGCGGGAGCAUGAGGAGGAAACCAAAAGAGAGCUUCCCUCUGGUCUGGCUGACCCAAACAGCACGGGCAGCAGCAGAGGGAGCCUGGCUGAUAGCCAGGGACUUCAACCCACUGCCGCUGGUGCUGAGUCAGGGCCGCAGCUGGAGCAGGUUGGAGCCUUGGCGACAGGGCAUCUCAGACAGGGCUCUAUCCGGGCCACUGAGCCACUGUCACCCGGCUGGGGGAUGGCAGAGGGACAGCAAGGAGACAGGGCCCUGGUGAAUCACCACGGAGCCUGGGGCCCUCCGGGUCAGGCCCUCACCAAGCCAGAAGAUGAAGCAGAGGCCAAUGUUUGCAGGAGUGCUUGCCGCCUGGCUGGCAGCCAGGCCAGUGGAGCCAGUGUGCAUCAGACGGAGGGCUGGGAGCCUGGAGACAGCAGCUCUCCACUCCAGCCGGGGAGUCCUUCCUGCAGCCAGUGUGGCAAAGCUGACAGCCAGUCGGACGACUCCUGGAACCACAACAGCUCCAAGACAGACUGCCACCGUUGCCUGCAUUCCUCCAAGGAGGUCUUGGCUCCUGUGGCCGCUAAGAGCCAUGGCCACAAUCACGUAGCUGCUCAGCCCUUUGCCUGCCCUGAUUGGGACAAGGCUUUCCAGUCCCAUUGUGGCGGGGCCAGCCACCUGCAGCUUCGUUCCAAGGAUCAGAGUCGGGUGCUGAGCACACAGCUGGAGGAGGUCACGGGUCCUGAAGCCGUGGAGGGCCAGGCGGGGCUCCCUGAGCAAAAGCAGAUGCCGGAAGCCCCAUCAGAACCCUCCAGGGAGAAUGUGGAGGGAGUCAAUAGGCGGCAGAGGAUGAAGCCCACAGUGGCCGAGGACAAGGAGCGGCCCUUCUGCUGCCCCCAGUGUGGGCGUUCCUACCGCCACGCCGGCAGCCUGCUGAACCAUCAGAAGGCCCACACCACAGGGCUCUAUCCCUGCUCGCUCUGCCCCAAACUUCUCCCCAACCUGCUGUCUCUGAAGAACCACAGCAGGACCCACACGGACCCCAAGCGCCAUCGCUGCAGCAUCUGUGGCAAGGCCUUCCGGACAGCUGCCCGGCUGGAGGGCCACGGGCGGGUCCACGCACCUCGAGAGGGGCCUUUCACCUGUCCCCAUUGUCCCCGCCACUUCCGCCGCCGAGUCAGCUUCCUGCAGCACCAGCAGCAGCACCAGGAGGAAUGGCCGGUGGCUGGCUCUGGAGCUCCCGUGGCACCAGCGGCCAGCAGAGGGGACUCAUCAUUGCCCCCUGCACCUGCCCCCACGACCCCACUCCUGGACCCUUCAGCCCAGUGGCCUGCAGACCUCGGCUGCUCCCUCUGAAGGCAGUCUCCACAGAUCAGACUGUUGGGGAGUGGCUUUGCAUGGGGGCCUUGCGCUCCAUGUUUGCCUCAGGAGAAUGGGCAUCCU